GAUACAUCGUCAUUCGUCACACGAUUUUAGAAAAUAGCGCGAUCGUGGACACGACAUCAUAUUAUUAACUGAUAACAGUAGAAAGCUGUUAUCAUUGUGAAAAUCAGGCCAAUGACCAUUCCAUUCUACAGUACUAUCUUGACGACUUGACGUUUUUACACAGAAUAUUCUAUGGUUUCAAGUCUUCAAAGUUCCAUCUCGCAAAUCGUAAUACUCAUUGUUAGUGAUCGUAAUGUCGAUUGUUGUUAAAUAUUUUGUAUUGUUUAUUUAUUGUUCAUCAUAAAUUACUUGCAAAUACCAGUGAAUUAUUGUUUGAAUUCUACGUGCAAUGCAAACUAAAAUGGACAAAACCGAAGACUCUGUUAACAAUAAUUACACUGCUUAUGAGUAUCAAGGAAACGACGGUACCAGGGAAAAGAAACACUUCGGAAACACAAACGGUUACCAGAACAAAUCAUCGCAAUAUGAUGAAGUUGUGGUACAAUUGUUCAGUAAGCAAUUUUCCUUGCCAAAUCAAAGCAAGUGGGAACUUCCUAACCCAGACACCAUGCUGAAACACUGUAAAUGGGAGUUACCAGAUUUUAUACAUUUAAAAAAAUCACUCAACACAGUCAAGGAUAAACUUAAUGAUUUUAAUUUAGCUGAAUGGCAUAGAAAUACAAAACAAACAAAUCCAGCUGGGAAAGUUAUAUCAAAAGUUAGAGGAAUUGGACAUCCAGAACUACUGACCGGUGCUUGGUUGAAGUUUUUUGAACUAUUAAACGAUUAUGAACUAAUACCUCAAAAAAGCAUUGAUAAUGGGAAGUUGUGCAGUGUUCAUUUAUGUGAAGCUCCUGGAGGUUUUAUUUCUGCUCUCAACCAUUAUAUUGUUAGCCAAGAAAUAAACAUUGAAUGGGAUUGGGUAGGAGUUUCAUUAAAUCCAUAUCAUGAAGGAAACGGUAACCCUGAUUUAAUAAAUGAUGAUAGAUUCAUGUUAUAUACAUUAAACCACUGGUUUUUUGGUAAGGAUCAUACUGGUGAUAUUUUUCAAAAAAACUUUUACAAAGAAUUAUACACCUUUGUUAAAAACCGUUUUGGCGAAGAAGCACAUGUGGUUACAGCUGACGGUAGUAUGGACUGUCAAAAUAAUCCUGACGAACAAGAAAAUGUAGUUAUGCGCCUGCAAAUAGUAGAGACUAUGGUAGCCUUAAUGAUACUUCAAAAAGGUGGUUCAUUUGUUGUAAAAAUGUUUACUAUGUUUGAAUGCAAUACGUUAUGUCGAUUAUAUUUGUUAAGCUGUGCUUUUGAUUCAGUAAAAAUAAAAAAACCAGUUACAAGUAAGCAGGGAAAUUCUGAAGUUUAUGUUGUAUGUUGUGGGUAUAAAGGGUUACAACAUGUGGAACCUUGGAUUCAUACAUAUUUUUUGACUAUUGAUCGCACUGUCUCUGAUUAUUGUCUAUUUCCAUUGAAAGAAUUACCUAAAGAUUUCUUAUCAUCUAUGUACAACUGCUCAAAAUAUUUUAGUGAGCUACAAAUGCAAAUUAUUGAAAAUAAUAUUGAACGAUUUGUCAAAAAAAUUGAAAAUGAUACUAAAAAUUUAACCGACCUCCAAUACUGGGUUGCUAAAACAUAUGCUAAUAGAUAUAAAAUAAAACCAAUAGACCCUUCACAAGAAAUAGUUGGACAAAAUAUACUUCAGAGUCUUCAGUAUGAUUUGCCAAAAGUUUCAUCCAUGAGGUUAGUCAUGGAUUAUUCAUUUUCUGAGAAACAACGUAGAAUAGAAUGCCAAGCAUCAGAUGAAGCAAAGUUACUUCAAGAUGAAGUGAAUAUGUUUAAAGAAUAUCAAUGGCAAUACGACUCAACAGUUUUGUGGUUUACUGCAGAGGAUGCCAAAGUUGACUCGUCUGAUUUUAAUAUUCAAAUGGGUAAACCUGUUUCUGUGAUACGUAGCUCUAAGUUUUGUGUGGAUACAUUAAUUGACUAUAGUAACCGAGCAAGAUCAUUAUUUACUAUUCCUAUUGAGGACAGUAUUAAGCGUAGAGAUUACUUUUGGCUACAAAUACCAAGACAAACUAUUAAUGGUCAGUUAAUUGUUUGUGACUUAACAUCAAUUUAUAUCAGUGAUUGUAUUAACAAUAAUAGAAAACAACAUGAUUCUGUGAUUGCUAUCUUAGAAUCAUUUGAAAAGCUUCAAACUUCUGAUAGCUUAUUAUUAAUUGGAUAUCCAUUGCUUACUCAAGUGAAUGUUGGUGUUUUCUUUAUACUUCUUAAUAUGUUCCUAAAGACUGGUGUGAUGAAACCUGAUAAAAUGGGUCAUGCUUUUGUGUUUUGUUCAAAAGUUAAUGACCAACAUGUAGAUGAUUUAAUAACUCUUUUAAAGAAAUUAAAAGAGCAUAUUAAAGAUCCCAGUAUCACAGAUAUAGUUGAAAAACAAGAACAAUCAUUGAUAUCAUUCUUUCCAAUUAAGAAACUUAUAUUUCAACCUAUUUAUAAAGACAUUGUUACUGUUAAUUGUUUGCUUAUAAUCAAUGAAGUGAAAAAAACUGUCUGUUCUUAUUUACAACAACAAUGAAUAAUUUGUCAUCAGAAAACAAUUAAAUAUUUAUUAUUUUCAUUAUUUAUACAUAAUGUUUUGUUGUACUUUACUCAGUAUUUUAACCCCUAAGAAAUAUGGAUAUGUUGUGGUAAUUAUUUUUUUUUUCAAUUAUUACUACAUAAUAU